AUGGAUGAUGAGUUAUCGGGAAAUUGCGAACCUUUAGAUUUAGAGCCUUCUCUAAAAAAUGUAAUAGAACAGAAAUCUCUACGAUGGAUAUUUGUUGGAGGGAAAGGUGGGGUUGGAAAAACUACAUGCAGCUGUAGUCUCGCUAUUCAACUGUCCAAAGUCAGGGAAUCUGUACUAAUAAUUUCUACAGAUCCAGCCCAUAACAUUUCGGAUGCUUUUGAUCAAAAAUUCUCAAAAGUACCCACAAAAGUGAAAGGAUUUGAUAAUUUAUUUGCAAUGGAAAUUGAUCCUAAUGUAGGUUUGACUGAGUUGCCGGAAGAGUAUUUUGAGGGAGAAACAGAAGCUAUGAGGUUAGGCAAGGGAGUUAUGCAAGAAAUUGUUGGAGCAUUCCCAGGUAUUGAUGAAGCAAUGAGUUAUGCAGAGGUAAUGAAACUUGUAAAAGGCAUGAACUUUAGUGCAGUUGUAUUUGAUACUGCUCCUACAGGGCACACGUUGCGUUUGUUAUCUUUCCCUCAAGUUGUUGAAAAGGGUCUUGGUAAAUUGAUGCGCCUCAAAUCUAAGGUUGCACCAUUUAUAAAUCAGAUGGCCACUCUUUUCGGACUAGCAGAGUUCAACUCAGACAUGUUUAGCAACAAAAUGGAUGAAAUGCUCUCUGUUAUCACACAAGUAAACACUCAAUUCAAGGAUCCAAAUCAAACUACAUUUGUAUGUGUUUGCAUUGCUGAGUUCCUUUCAUUGUAUGAAACAGAACGACUUGUACAAGAACUAACAAGAUGCGGAAUCGACACACAUAAUAUUAUUGUGAAUCAGUUACUUCUUCAUACAUCAGCUCCCUGUGAACUUUGUGCUGCACGGCAUAAAGUCCAAGAGAAAUAUCUUGAACAAAUAGCUGACUUAUAUGAAGAUUUCCAUGUAACCAAACUACCAUUGCUAGACAAGGAAGUGCGUGGAGCAGAAGCUGUAAAUUCCUUCUCUGAAUAUUUAGUUACACCUUAUGUGGUGCCUAAAAUG